AUGUUCGUCCCUAAAUCAACAUCACGAAACCCUCGAAGGCGCCCGCGCACGAGCUCCGACGACUCGGUCAAGCCACCAAAAGCGAAGAGACAACGCUCCGCGUUGCGCCAGGAAGAGAACUCGCCGUCCGGUAUUGUGGAACAUGAAAGUGGAAGAGAGAUAGUUGACUCGGCUACCUCGUUUUCACUCAGUGAUCAUCCGGAUGGCGAUUUGCACCUCCCAAUCCGAGGCAUGAAGCCAACCGAGGAGCCCAACAACGAUCUUGAAGGAACAAUUGUGUUGUCGAGCACAGAUUACUACACUGUCGAUCAACUCCCAGCGUUGCCUGAUCAGAUUCGGAGCUCCCAGUCAGAACCGUUGAAAUGCUUUUUUGCAACUGGUCAAGAUUAUGCACUCGCCUUGACACACUCACACGCAGUUGUAUGGCCUUAUUCUGUCCCAACUUCAGCGCCAUCACCUUCGGAAACAUUCUCAGUAUCUAUCCCUGAAUCAUGCAGAGAGCCCAGUGGGCCUGUGCCGCUGGGUGUCCUUCUCUCCGCUGCCACAGGGGAGUAUCCGGGACUCUUGGUCAUUAUCCCGUCAACAGGGAAAAUAAUCUACUGGGAAACGGUAUCCGGUGCUGCAACGCUAGGGCUGUCACGGCAGAGACAGAAUGGAAUUCAAGGGUCUAUACCCGGUCUUCUGUCUGGCGAAUAUGCUUCUGAGAUUAUGAAUUGCGAGCCUUCGGGGAUCAUUGCAACAUUUUCAUCUGGGCGUGCCGCUCAUAUAACUCUCAGAGACUCACAAGGGAAACCUUCUGUCUUCGUGAAUUUCUUGAGGAGUGCAACGGGUAUUGCAGGAGGAGGAUUUCUCGGGGGGAUCAAGAGUGUUUUGGGAGGGGGCUACUGGAGAAAAGAGGUUACAGCUGUGCGCGCGGGUGCAUCUCGCCAGCGAGGCCAACGUGAUGUGAUUAUCGCCACUUCAGCCGGUCUUGUGGAGAUAUGGGAUACCCAUUGGAAUCAUGGAAAUGCUCUGAAGAAGAAAUAUGAUGUCAAAGAUGACAUUAUUUCUGCGCUUCCAGUCCUGUCACAGGAUGCUGGAAAGUUGGUGGGGGAGCCUGAUCUGAAGGUCAUGGACUUUGCAUACUCUAACCAACAAUCUUCGGAUGAGCUGAGCCCCCAGGACUCAGAUGAAUCAUGGCGACUAUUUCUGGUGGUAAGCUCCGCACAAUGGCUGGAGGCCAAGAAAGUUUUCGUUGUUGAGCUGCACUUGACCGGAAACGAGUCGCAAGUGUUAUCCACUCUUGCUGUGGAUCUGAACAGCAUGCCGGCUCUACGAGAUGAAUUUAAACCGAGGAUAUUGGUUUCGAAAUCUGAAGCCGUCGCUUUCAUAUUGAUAGGACAAUCACUUGUUGUCUUAUCGCUGACAAGCGUCAUACAGGAGACGCCAAGUGCCCAACUGCUUCUGGACUCAGAUGCACUUCCCCUGCCUUUCCAGGAUACCAUUCACCUCCAAUCUGGCACAGACCAUGAAAUUCUGGGAUACGGUGCAGAUGACGUCUCAGAAGGGCAUGGUCGCGCUUCGUGCGUCAUGAUGGUUCGAAACUUCGGUAUUGUUCGUGUGAAUAUGGCCCCCCAGUACCCAACAGGCAACCGGGUGGAUGAGGGUCAGCUCAGUGCGAAGCACAAACUUGAGCAGGCAAUAUUCUUUGGAACAAUGGCGAAGAAUCCAUUAGAUCUGGUUGGUGACGGUGGGCUAGGCUUUUCUACAGAUGAAAUUGAACAAGCCUCGCUUGAGAUCUGCGGGGACCUUCUUCGAUCAGAAUCGCGGUUCAUCCCUAACACAUCAAUCUCAACUGACGAAAAUUUGCGCCUGAGAGCGAAAGCUCUAGAUGAUCUUGCGUCAUUGUUGGGGCAAAAAGGCAACCCUUUAAGUCGCCCUGCCAGGUGGGAGCUGCUAUGGGGAGCAGAGAAGCUUGCUGCCCAAAGAGCCAUGUGUGCUCUGGAAAACACCUUCCGGUCCGGAGAAGAGAGCCCCUUUAUCAGCCAUGUCAUCGACUCCAUGAACGACAAAUUCAAGACACGCCCCGCGAAUGCCCAACAGGGCGAAACGACAGAUCCCACCCGUCAUUGGUUCCUUCGAGACUCUUUCCAGAUGGAGCAUAUUAUCCCGUGGAUCAAAAAUGCAAUCAAGCCUCGCCGUGGUAAUUCCUCGAAACAGGCGCGGAAAUUGUCUGAACAGAUCCUCCAAGCUAGCGAGGUGCUUCUUGCAAUCAUGGAAACAGCGUACAAUUUCCGUGAUCUACAUGCUUCUUCCUAUGGGCUUGGCGAUGAUUUUCUGGAGGACGGUGUCCUCGCUGAUGGUUAUGAAGAUCUUCCCGAGCCCUGGACAUCUAGAGCAGUGGGCUAUACUGAGACAGGCCAUCUACUCGACUGGGAGUUAGACAGCUGUCGCGCUUGGAUUCAGCAGAAGACAGCAAGCGCAGAUGCUCCUGACGGUCAAACUCUGAAAAAGAUUGCCGAAAACAGUGCCCGCCAUCUCCGAAUCCUUGGUCAAAUGCACCGGGAACGAACCCGCUGGCUUACUGCUCAACAGGAUCCAAAAUUGGCAGACGAAAGUCUAUCGAUCGAGCAGGCGCACGUGAAGGAACGCAAAUGGCAACUUUUCAAGCUGGCCGGGAUUGGCCACCUUCAGGAUGCCCUCGGUUUGGCGGAGCGGUUUCGGGACAUGUCUGCUCUGGUUGAGCUCAUCAUCGAACUACAAGAUCAGGUGAAAAGCCAGCCGAGCCAGGAUGUCUCCACUGAUACCCCAGCCUCGGCACAGAGUGAGGCGGAUGUCGCGCAUCGAAUCUCGCAGUAUUUCGAAAAAUUUGGUGACUCGUGGGCGGAUGCGUAUUUCUCACGGCAAAUCUCGAUGGGUCACCCGGGAGCGUUGCUCUCGAUGCGAAAAUACCAACCAUCCAUAACUCGUUUCCUACGAACCACGCCAGCUUAUUCUAAGCUAAGUUGGAUCAAUGAUGUGAACGGUGAGGAUGAUUACGAAACCGCCGCAGUCUGUCUGGAAAAUCUAGCCAUCGAUAGCGAGAAGCAGUUAUGGUGUCAUCGCGUUCAAGUCUCCUUAGCGAAGCUCGGCAGAUUAGCUUCACUUGAAGAUAUGCCAUCCGGCAAUCAUGGGUCUGCGUUGCAGGAGGACAUCAAACGCCUCGAUGAUUACAGUGAAGUCGAUGAAGUACAGGAACUUCUCCAGGUCCACGUUCAACCGGCUCUGGAAGGUGCAAUUGACCAGAAGGCCGAGGCAGAGCUGGCACUAGAUUACUUCGGGGGCCACCUGAAGGACGAUCGCCCUUCCCUCCACGAAAUACUUGGCGAGAUUUUCUCUGCCUUAGUGAGCAGGAGAAUUGUCGGCGCCGACGGGUUGAUUGAUAUGCUGACUCUGGUGAGCUCUUCUGAUCAGCUCUCUGAAGAGGGAGAUAGCGAGCUUCGUGGUCGGGAGUUCUAUCAUGCUCUCCGGGUGCUGGACCACAGUCGCCAUGCUCAACGAGAUCCAUCAUAUGUUUCGGCAUUGCGAAAGCUGAUUUGGCGACGGUGCAUGAUCAAAGAUGAUUGGAAAGCUCGUGGGAAAGCAGCCGAAGAAUCCAAUGGAGAUUUUAGUAGCGCCGCUAGUUCCACUGCUCUCUAUCACACGUUAUAUUCAUGUCUAGCUGGUAAGUCACACUGGCGUCCUGUCACCACUCUCGGCCUAACACUAUCUAUAGAGCAUGCCGAGGCAGGUCCUCAAUCCCUGUACAAGCCUCUUUCUCCAGCCGAUGUGCUCAUGGCGGAUUCGGAAUCUGACAUUCUCGUCUCACGCUUUCGCCCCGAGCAAAGAGCUCGGGUGGUAGUUGACUUGGAGCGAGAGAAUGAUUUGCUCCAAAAUUACAUCCAAACAGGGAAGCUAGACUUCUGGUUUCAGAAUCUUCUAUCCUCUGUUAUGAGUCUACCGUCCUCUAGGAGUUUUGCUCCAAUUGAGAGUUCUAAUCUGGGUGGUCCACAGGCUGUGGACUCCUAA